AUGGCCCCCGCCCCGCUCAGCUUCCAGGGCUUCUUGCAACUGCCAGGAGAGCCCAGCCUGGUUGAAGUGCUCGAGUUCGUUGGCUCGCGACCAAGCUGCCGCGUCGCUGCUUUAACAAAGUUGUCGCUGCCACGCGAGCGGGCAAAACGGGGCACCAGUCGCGCAUCGAGCUCGCACGGACGACGAGGCUGUCAUUUCAGCGAGGACUUGGAAAGUUUCCAAUGGAAACUAUUUAUGGUACAGUAUUGCUCUCAUUUCGGAAUCUCGAGCUACAGCGUAGCGCUGGUAGUGCCCGAAAAAGAAAGCAACAACCCGGCCUUCGAACACUACUGUUCAGUGAACAGUGCUGGCCACCCAGAUCCAAUGGCUUUGCAAGUGGCGGUACAUGUACUGGAUCGCAAAUGGCCACACAUGACAGCUCGCUCAGCGAGACAAGCACUUUGUGUCCUCCACCGCAUGCGUGCGAGCAUGCGGAACCAGUCUCUUCCGCUGGGUUAG